AUGUUCCAGUUCGGGGUGCUGUCGGCGCUGGUCACUGCGCUCACGUCUCUGCUGUCCGCGGUGCUCCUGCUGGCCGUGACCCGGUCACUGUGGAGCCUCCGCUGGAGCCUGACCCGGGACAAGGACAGCAGCCUGCCGCUGCCCAAAGGCUCCAUGGGCUGGCCGCUGGUGGGGGAGACCUUCCACUGGCUCUUCCAGGGGUCCAACUUCCACAUCUCCCGCAGAGAGCGCCAUGGGAACGUGUUUAAGACGCAUCUUUUGGGGAAGCCGGUGAUCCGAGUGACAGGAGCGGAGAACAUCCGGAAGAUUCUCCUGGGAGAGCACAGCCUCGUGUGCACGCAGUGGCCCCAGAGCACGCGCAUCAUCCUGGGGCCCAACACGCUCGUGAACUCCAUCGGAGAACUGCACAAGCGCAAGAGGAAGAUCCUGGCCAAGGUGUUCAGCCGUGGGGCCCUGGAGUCGUACCUGCCCCGGCUGCAGGCGGUGGUGAAGCUGGAGCUGCAGAGGUGGUGCAGUGAGGAGGGCCCCGUGGACGUGUACAGCGCCGCCAAAGCUCUGACUUUUCGCAUCGCCAUGCGAGUCCUGCUGGGGCUGCAGCUGGAGGAGGACAGACUCAUGUACCUCGCCCAGACCUUUGAGCAACUCAUGAACAACCUGUUCUCUCUGCCCAUAGACGCCCCUCUCAGCGGCCUGCGCAAGGGCAUAAAGGCCAGAGAGAUCCUCCACGCAAACAUGGAGAAGAUCAUCGAGGAGAAGAUGGAGCGUCCACAGACAGAUGAGGAGUACAACGAUGCUUUCGACUACAUGCUCUCCAGCGCCAAGGAGCACGGCCAGACCCUCAGCAUACAGGAGCUCAAGGAGACAGCGGUGGAGUUGAUCUUUGCAGCCCACUCCACCACAGCCAGCGCCUCCACCUCACUGGUCCUGCAGCUCCUCCGUCACCCAGCCGUGGUGGAGCGAGCGCGGGCAGAGCUGGAGGCUGAGGGUCUGGGAUAUGAGGCCCACCGGAGCAGCUGUCCUCCCCACGCCGAGGUCCCUGAAGUUCCCCGCUCCCACAUCCCUCCCCUGAGCCUGGACAAGCUCAGCCAUCUGCGCUACGUGGACUGUGUGGUCAAAGAGGUGCUCAGAUACUUGCCGCCAGUGUCCGGGGGAUACCGCACAGCCCUGCAGACUUUUGAACUGGACGGUUACCAGAUCCCCAAAGGCUGGAGCGUCAUGUACAGCAUCCGGGACACGCACGAAACCGCCGCCGUCUUCCAGAGUCCGGAACAGUUCGACCCCGACCGCUUUGGCCCAGACCGCGAGGAGAGCCGGGCGUCUCGCUUCAGCUACGUCCCGUUCGGCGGCGGAGUCAGGAGCUGCGUGGGCAAAGAACUGGCUCAGAUCAUCUUAAAGACUUUGGCGGUGGAGCUGAUAGGGACGACCUCAUGGACACUAGCCACAGAGGACUUCCCCAAGAUGCAAACUGUGCCAAUCGUGCACCCGGUCAACGGACUGCACGUCAAAUUCAGAUACAACUACCCCCUUUAGACACUGAGCCCAUGUUGUCAAACACUUUGGUUAAGAGGCUGAUGUGUGACUUGUGAAAAGAGGACAUCUACACGUUCUCGCCGGUGAUCUUCAGAUUCAGUUUGUCACCGCUCUUCAAAUUCAGUUGGACAAAGCUGGUCUGUGAUUAGUGGACAUCUACGUGUUCCUGUAUCUUGCUGAUGUUCUGAGCUAGUCCACCUCACAUUGUGGCCUGUCUA